GUUGAAACGUAACCUGUAUUCCCGGUCUCCUUUAUCCAAAACAGUUACCACUAGUAUAAAUACUCCCUCCUCUUUCUUCUCUGCACUUCCCGAGGCACUUCCAUUUCUUCUUCAUCACUCCUCUUUGCUUCUCUCUCUGCAACCGUCAAAAAUCUUUAGACUUCGGGGAUGGCUGAUAACGUGGAAGGACGGGAAGUUCCUGCACAUGGGAAUGAAUGGGAAGUUGUAUCUCUUACUGCGUCAGCAUAUGCUGCAUCUCCUGGUCCAGUACAAGUUAAAUUGAAUGAUGAUAACCAGGGACGCCGUCUUGGAGAAGAUAAAGAGGAUAAACCUGAAGCGGAUCAGCAUGAGAAUUCCCCUUUUGGCCCAGAGAAAAAUGUGGUCUCUAGUGAGCUGGCCAAGCAGGUCGACGAAUAUUCCUCUGAUUUUGUAGCAGAGGAAGGGGGCAUGUCGAAUACUAAGGAUGGAGAUAAUUGGGAUGUUAAAGCUUUGAGUAUGUCUGAUGACUUUCCUGUGAUGCAGUUCGUUAAUGAGAAGGGCAAAAGUUUAUCUGUGGGGGGUACAGAAUUUAAAGAAGGCUUGGCACUACAUGGGUUGACUUUGGUGGAUGAAGAACAGGGUAUGUAUAACACUGCUAAAUAUAGUUCUUUCCAUGGUGAAGCAACCAUUGGCGGAUCUGCCGCACUUGAGGAGAAGAGAACUUUUUAUGAACCAGUUGAUCCAUCUGAAGAAGGGUUAGAAUCAAAUCUCUCCCGAUCACCAACUUCUAGCGAUGAGAAUGAAGAUGAUGGAUCCGACCUGCCUUCUGAGGCUUGGUGGAAGAAGAGAGUUGCUUCUUUAUAUGCUCAAGCAAAAGAAGCAAAUGCUAUGUGGUCUAUUCUCAUUGCUGCAGCUGUCAUGGGAGUUGUAAUUAUUGGGCACAAAUGGCAGCAACGCAAGUUGCACUGCGGUGAUCAGAAGAUGAGCAAGAUGCUGGGCCCCUUCUCCGGGUUGAAUAGUGUAUUAGUUGGUGGCCAUCAAAGUGGUUCAGUUAUCAGAGGCCGCACCACAUCUCAGCGUUAAGGCAGCAAUGGCGAAAAAGUUAAGAACGAAGGCAAAUUGAGAAAGUGAAAGUUUAGAUUGUGGUUACUAGGAUGAGUAAAAGACAUCCUAGUCCUUUGAAAACGUAACAAAGCUACUUGUUAAUAUUUGCUUGUUACUCAACUACUACUCUAGUUUUGGAUUUCCUGUAUUACUUUGGUUUUGGAUUUCAUAUGCUUUACUGUAGUUGUCCAUACUAGCACUAAUAUGGACUGAAGCUUGUAUCAAUGCCAUACUACAUUCUGCAUUGUAAAUGAAUGAUGAGGAUCAGUACUCUAGUAAUGUGAAACUAAUUUCUUUAGUAGA